AUAGCCCGAAAGAUGAGAGUAUGGGUCAAAAGGGACCUGAUGUACGGCUUGUAGAUAUAUUUGAUAGAGAAUCGAGUAGCAGUCUGAAAUAUCUUAUGGUCAAAUUAGUAGAUAAUGAAGGUGGUGGUCAAAGAGAUAAUUUUAAUGAUAUAAGGAAUUUGGGUAAACGAAGGCAACAAGACUGGGUUGAUACUCCUAAUAAGAAAGGAAGGCUACGUAAAACAGUAAAUGCAAGGCAAGAAGAACCGUUGGUGUUCACAAAAAACGGAAACAAAGAACGAUAA